UAGGUUAAACAAAAAAAAAAAAAGACUGAAACUGUGUUUUCCCCCGUAGAAGUAGAAGUUCUGUGACAUUCGGCUCUCCCCCUUCUUCGCAGUAUCUCACUGUUGUCUUAAAAGAACACAAAAGAAACGAAACAAUCUGCGAAGUGAAUGGUGAUGAUGCACUGGAUUUGGGGUCUCAAGCUUUGUUCCAGAAACGGCGGCGCUAUUUGAUGAACUGGGUUCCAAGCUUCUUCUCUCCGCCCAAAACAAGCCGUCUGAUUUGCCGCGGUCUUCACGCAAGUAAGCAUUUCUCACCCCCAAACUCCGACAACAUUGUCUUCAAAGCAGUUUGUGUUAAUCUUCGACAGAGGAGAUGGAAACUCUUAGAGCAGAUAUCCCACUGUCUAACCAGUUCAUUAGUCAGCCGUGUUGUUCGCGAGUUUCGGAACUCGCCGCAGUUGGCCUUAGAAUUUUAUAACUGGGUUCGCUGGAACAGGAACAGGAACUUUCCUCAGUUUUUGGAAUCUUCUUGUACUGUAAUUCAUGUUUUGAUCGAUUCUAGGAGGUACGAUGAUGCCUUGUCUGUUAUGGAGAGUCUAAUGGGGGCAGACGGUUUGCCCGCAUUGGUUGUUUUGGAAGGGUUGAGUAAUAGUUGUGGUGAAGGUUGUGGUUGUGCAAGCGCUGCAGUAUUUGAUGCAUUUGUGAGGGCUUGUACUCAGUUCGGGGACUCCGACGGUGCUUAUGAGGUGAUCAAGAAGCUGAGACUGGAUGGUUAUUGGGUUUCGAUUCACGCUUGGAAUAACUUUCUUAACCAUGUGAUUAAGUUGAACGAUAUUGAUAGGUUUUGGAAGAUGUAUAAGGAAAUGCUUUCAUAUGGGUAUGUUGAAAAUGUUAAUACCUUCAAUUUGGUUAUUUAUGCUCUUAGUAAGGAACGCAAGUUACUAGAAGCAAUGUCGGCAUAUUAUCGGAUGUUGAAGAGUGGAGUUUGGCCUAGUGUUGUUACUUUUAACAUGAUUAUAGAUGGAGCAUGCAGGAUAGGUGAUAUGGAACUUGCUUUGAAGGUUUUGAGAAAGAUGGGGCUAAUGUCGGAGCACUGUGUUACGCCCAAUUCAGUUACUUACAAUUGUAUCAUCAAUGGGUUUUGCAAAAUUGGUGGUUUAUCGGUUGCAGAAGAAAUCUGUGCUGAAAUGACCGAGGUAGGUGUUCCGGUCAAUUUGAGGACUUAUGCAACUCUAGUAGAUGGAUAUGCAAGACGGGGGAGUUUGGAGGUGGCACUUCAAUUGUGCGAUGAAAUGGUGGAAAGGGGUUUGACCCCUAAUCCUGUUGUUUACAAUUCAAUUAUCCAUCGGCUUUGCAUAGAAGGAGAUACUGAGGAAGCUUUUUCCUUGUUGUCUGACAUGAUUGAGAGGAAUAUAUGCCCGGAUCAAUUCACCUACUCAAUCCUCAUCAAGGGGCUCUCUAGAAAUGGGCUUGCGACGGAAGCAAUUAGAUUUCAUAGACACAUCCUUGAGAAGAACCUCGUCAAGGAUGUUUUCUCCCACAAUAUCCUGAUCGAUUAUCUGUGCAAAAGCAAAAAUUUGAGAGCGGCCAAGCAAUUGAUGGGCAGCAUGUUUGUUCGUGGUUUACUUCCUGACACCAUCACCUAUGGCACUUUGAUUGAUUGCCACUUCAAAGAAGGGAACAUAGGAAAUGCAGUUCAGAUUUAUGAAAAACUGAUAGUGGGGAAGGAAAAACCUAAUUUGGUGAUAUACAAUUCUGUUAUCAACGGGUUAUGCAAAGAGGCAUCAGUGGAUAUUGCAAAACUUUUGAUGGAUUCGUUACAGAGGAUGGAUGUUCUUGACAUUAUAACCUAUAACACAAUGAUAAACGGGUAUUUCAUUAGUGGGAUGAUUGAUCAGGCGUUUGUUUUGCUUUGGGAAAUGGAAAAGGCUGGAAUUUCAUUGAAUAUAGUCACCUACAAUAUAUUGAUCAACUUUUUGUGCAAGUUUGGGUGUAUUCAACAAGCAAAAGAACUUAUGAAGGUAAUGAUUUCAAGGGGUGUGGUUCCUGAUUUUAUAACAUACACCACACUCAUUACCAAUUUGAGUAAGAAUUGCAGCCCCGAAGAAGUCAUUGCAUUGCAUGACUACAUGGUAAUUGAGGGAGUAAUUCCUGAUAGGCAAACGUACACAGAUAUUGUCUGUCCAUAUCUUCCAGAAGAAAAUUCAAAGAUUAGCACAGUGGGUUGAGUUCAACAGUACAGCAAGGUGUAUAUUUGUUCUCUGUCAUCUAGUAUCGUUUGUGUUUUAGGCGACUUGGGGCAUAGAGAAUGUGCUGGACUUUCUAAAGUAACAAGUGCUGGACUUUCUAAAGUAACAAGAAUCACACAUAUUCAACGUUGUUUAUAUCAGGCAUGUAAGUUAUCUUUUCUAAUACAUCAUUUUUUUAUAGGGAACUUUAACGAAAAGCACCCGAUACUGUUCACUUUAACGAAAAACCACAUUUUUACACUAAAAAGUCAAUCCUAGUACUAUUCACUUUACCCUUUAUUUUGUCCUUAUCAUUAAAACUCAAAGUUUUCGAGCCCUUUUCAUUAGUUUUCCUUUUUUUAUAUGCUACUCGUCUGCUGACUACAUCCAUAUAGAUAACAAACGGUAACCCUUAACAUAUGAAUCCAUGCACAUAAGUUGUUUGUUAAAACUUGUAUGCAAUCACUGAUAAGUUGUCAUCCUUUGGCUGAUAUUCCAUAGCAAUUUAUAACUCAGUGGCCACUGGAAACUUGUAGGCUUAGAUAUUCUGGUUGUGUACUCAUUAGUGAAAAUUUGGGGGUUAUUUCUUUUGAGACGUGCAAAAAUUCGUCUCAUCUGGAUGUUUCUGUUUCCUUUGUGCCGCUGAGAUUUUUUUAAUUUUCUUUUGAUUUUUGUCCACAGCGAUGUGAGGGUUUGAAAGCGAUAAUCUGAUGGUUUCAAGGGAUGGAAUGAUUGUGAAUUUUCUCGUGGUGGUAGCAGUUCAAUUUUUAUGUUGCUUAACCUUUUAAAUGUGUUAACAUUGGAAAUCUCUUGCCACUUCAAGUAUUUUGCUCGUUUUAAUAGAAUACUUUAAUCUUCCUAACGAAGAAGUAGAUGACGUGUCUUGUAACUCAAGUGAUUAAGAUCAUUUGCUUAACCUUUUAAAUGCGUUAACAUAGGAAAUCUCUCGCUACUUCAAGUAUUUUGCUAGUUUUAAUAGAAUACUUUAAUCUUUCCUAACGAAGAAGUAGAUGACGUGUCUUGUAGCUCAAGUGAUUAAGAUCAUUUACUCAUGCAUUUGAGGUCCUUUGUUCAAUACCGGUCACCCCCACUUUUCUCCUGCCAUAAAGUGUUUUUGUCUUCUCUUCGAUGAGUUCGAGUUACAAGAUUAGAUUUGAGCGUUCAUUCUAUUUAUUUUGCCAUUUAUAAAUAUAAAAGAAACAAGUGGUAUAUAAUAAUUCAGAGGCCUUGGCUUUUGUAUUCUUGUAUGUACUAUUGUACUUUGACGAACACGUCACAUAUGGUUUUUGGGUGGACCUAGUUUAGUUAAAAAAACUGAAGGCAUUCAGCUUUACUUACCGAAGGCAUGUAUUCAAGAGGACCGAAGGUGAUGAAGUGCAAGAUAUACAGAUUACUGAAGGCAAAAGAUACAGGCUCCGGAAUUGGUAAUACAGAUUACAGACAGAUCACUAGUUCUUAGUGUUGCUGGUUCUGUUACCAGGUGCUUGAUUGGGAAGACAUGCCUGCUCUAUAUAUAUACAAGUUCCAUGCUAGUUUGAUUGGGAGGCCAACAAGAUCGCUGCCCAUCCAAUAUAGCUGCCGCCACCAAAUGAACCACCAUGUCUUAGAACAAAAGUCGCCACCAAAUGAGCCGCUCCAAUCGAAGAACUAAAACAUAAACAUAUAGAUGGAUUUUUUAUGGGAGUUUUAACGCAACACUACCGGUUCAUUUUUAACGAAAAAUCAUAUUUUUACCUUUUCCUGGUAUUAUUCACUA